AUGAAAUAUUCUUAUCAAGUGAUUUUCUUUGCAGUUGUUCUACUAUGUGGGAUUCUGCAGCUUAGUCGAGCUAGAGACGACGUAAACUUCAAUGUCAACUAUAAUAUCACUUGGGGAAAUGAUCAUGUUUUGUCCCUAGACCAAGGAAGAGAAGUUCAGCUUUCCAUGGAUAUACAAUCUGGGUCUGGCUUCGGGUCUAAGCUAAGCUAUGGAUCUGGCUUUUUCCAAAUGAGAAUCAAACUACCAGAAAAGGACUCAGCAGGAGUGGUCACAGCUUAUUAUCUAACUUCACAUACAAAUUAUCACGACGAGCUGGACUUUGAAUUCUUGGGCAAUAAGGAAGGCAAACCUAUUACUCUGCAGACAAAUGUGUUUGUGAAUGGACUAGGAGACAGAGAGCAAAGGUACUAUGUUGAUGACAUCCCAAUAAGAAUAUUCAAGAACGCCACCAAUAUUGGAGUGAACUACCCAUCCCAACCAAUGCAAAUAGAAGCCAGUUUAUGGAAUGGGGACAGUUGGGCCACAGAUGGAGGCCGAACCAAGAUUAAUUGGUCGCACGCACCAUUCAAAGCUCACUUUCAAGGUUUCAAUGUUGAUGGCUGCCCAUUAGAUCAAAACUCCAUUAAUAUACAACAGUGCUAUUCAUCAAAUUAUUGGUGGAACGAUAAGAAAUUUUGGAAGCUUGACAAGAAUCAGCAGAAGGCAUAUCAACAAGUGAGACAAAAGUAUAUGAAUUAUGAUUAUUGUUCUGAUAGGUCUAGGCAUCCUAAUAUUCCCCCAGAGUGUGUGUAA